AUGACUGCUUCAGUUACAGUUGCCGGUGUUACCGAUACUCUUAAACCGGAACAUAAAAAGUAUGAAAAAGCGCUAACUGAUGCAGCAAAUGCAAUGAGUGAAACGUUAAAUGUUAUAAAUACGCCUGAAUUUGAAACAAUGGAAGGAUGGAAAUUAAAGGGUAAUAAUGAAAUCGAUAAAAUAUAUUCAAAAAGAUUUGCAAUUGGAAAAAUUUUCACACUUAGGACUAUUUUGGAUAUGCCACGUGAGCAACUUUUCUUCGAGCAUUGGGAUAAUUUUGAAGAAGUAGCAUAUAGGAAUAAAAAUACAUCAAUGGCUAAAAAAGUUGCUAUACUUACGCCUCACGUCGAAAUUAUUCACUAUGCAAUGAAGGAUUCCGGUUUGAUAAAAGGACGAGAUUUUGUGACAACACGUAUCUAUCGACGUAUUGAUGAUGAUAUUAUUGAAGCAGCAACAAGUUAUGAUACUGAUGAAGUAGAACGGUAUAAGAAGAAAACUAGAGGUAAUUUAUUGCUUGGAAGUGGUCGUUUUCGAAUUCAUCCAAAAGAUUCUCAAAAAACUAUCGUUGAUUAUAUUAUUUGCUUGGAUUUUAAUGGUCCGGAUUUAACAAAACCGGUAGUGGAAUCAGUGCUAUCAAAAUUAAUUCUUCAGGAUGCUGAGCAUGCACGUGAAGCGAUUGAAAAAUUGAAAAAAAGUGAAAUUUGA